GGCGCGGGGGGAAGGGGUAUCGCCGCUGCCCGCCGGCCGGCGGAGGGUGGCUGUUUGAGCCCCUUAACGGUUACGGGGCUCGGGUCCCCCUCAUCGUUCUCGUUCUCUGCCCCAGCAGCGCUCCGGGAGGGUUGUCGCUUGGCAGGGUAGUAAUGUUCUAAGAAUGUCAUCAGGCGUGCAAAUAAAACCAAAGACUGCAGUACAGAAAAGUAAGGCAUCCUCUCCUUUGCCAUGUUCUCCGGAACCUGCAACUAAACCACAGCCAAAGCCUAGUGACAAGCUGAAUCCCAAAACUAUUGAUCCGUUUGGUACUCCUUCUAGAACAACUUCUGCAUUUGCCGCUAUAUAUGCUAAAGGUGGCAUUCCGUGCAGGUUAGUGCAUGGCUCAGUAAAGCACAGACUGAAAUGGGAAUGCCUUCCUGAAACUGUUCCUUUUGAUCCUCUUCUUGUAACACUAGCAGAGGGUCUGAGAGAGACAAAACAUCCCUAUACGUUUGUUUCAAAGGAGGGUUUUAAAGAAUUACUUAUGGUUGAAGGUGCUACUGAAAAAGCAAUUCCCUUGUUGCCUCGUCUAGUUCCAGUGUUAAAGGCUGCAUUGGCCCAUUCAGACGAUGAAGUAUUUGAAAGGGGAUUGGAUGCUUUAGUUCAACUGAGUGCUGUUGUUGGCCCAUCUCUUAAUGAUCAUCUUAAGCAUCUGCUCACAAAUCUUUCAAGGAGAUUGAUGGACAAGAAAUUUAGAGAAAAAAUUACUGUUGCUUUACAGAAGUUGGAGCAAUAUGGUGGAAAGGCGACUGUGGCUAUCAUCAAAUCUAAAAUUCCAACCUAUUGUUCUAUAUCCUCUUGAACAAAAAAAAAAUCUGUAGUGAGUUGUACUGUGAGGUCAAGUUUGAAGAUAAACUGCCUGUGAGCGUCACUGACACGUCUUUGUGGUAUGCUAUGUUCUCUUAAACUAAUCACAGUUCUUCUUCAAUGCAAUGGAAAGUGGGAAACAUCCCAUCAGUUUGUGAAUAUAUAAUUAUGAGAGAAUGUUUAAAAUAAUUUUCUAUUGGCUGUUAUUUAUGUAUGCAUUGUGCUUACAAGGACACUGACAAAUUGGCUAUUAUUUCAAAGGCUGAGUAAAUAUAGAUUCAUAUUUUGUUGUAAAUUACAUUUUCCUUUAAUAGAUCCGCUUAGUAUGUUUUGUAGAUUUGUAUGAUGCAAAAUAAUUUGUCUGUAGUUACUUAAAUGGGAACUCACAUAGUGCUAAAUUACCAUGCGCUUUUGAAACAUUUAACUUGUUUUAUGCCACAGGCACAGAUGGAUGCAGUUUGGAUUCAUCAGGACUUAGUGGAUUAGACAUAGAACUAAAAGAACUCACCUAGACUUUUUGAGAGUCAGCUUUUGAAGGUACGAAGCUGUAUGUACCGUACAGGUAGCAAGCUGUAUUUGCUCAGUGCGUACUGGGCAUGUUGUUUUCAGAAGCUGAAAGAGCAUUUGUCCAUGAGCAUACUUGAGCUUGAUUGCAAAAUGUAGACCAACAGAUCUUGAAAUAAAUUAUGUUCAGGUUUGUUGUUUUGUGUAUUUGAGUUACCCUGUGGGGGAGAACUAACUGACUGAAGUGGUAGCUAAUUUAAUUCAGAACUGUGGUUAAGUUCUGUGCUAAGUCAAGAUAUAUAUAUUUAAGCUUUUUAAAAUUAAUUUUGUUGGCAGAAAUGUUAAAUCUGAAGAAAUACAAUUAUUUAACAACACAAAAAAUUGAUCAUGCUGGUUUUUCUUUGUUUACUUUAUUUCUUUUUUUUUUUUUUUU